UUUGGGACAUGGGAUUGGGUUCUUAGUAAACAGCAGCAGCAAUAGAAAAACAAAGUUUUAAUCUUGGUUUUAGUUUCUUGUAUAAUUUUUCAGAGCAGUCUGAUCCCAUUUCCCAAUCUUGGUUUCAAAUAGAGUAGGCUAGACAUAUAACACUAAACAGCUCUUUAAAUAGGCCAAAAAUCUCUCUCUUUCUCUGUCCAGUCCAGUUGUUUCAUUGGUAAUAGUACCUGCACCACCCAGCCAGUAUCAUUUGCAGGCGCCGUUCUCUUUUCUAACGCUCUUUCCUCUCUGAAAUAAUGCUUAAUCCAGCUAUAUCCCUCCACAAAUCCUAAACAGACAACCUUUUUCUCCCAUCAAGAUUCAAAACACCAUGUUGGUUUCUUCACAUCUACCUCGCUGGUUUGAAGCACUUCUCACAGAAAAGUUUUUCAACGCUUGCAUAAUUCAUGAAGAAGAAAAGAAGAACGAAAAAAACAUAUAUUGUUUGGACUGUUGCACCAGUAUAUGCCCUCACUGCUUGUCACUUCACAAUUCUCAUCGUUUGUUGCAGAUUAGAAGGUAUGUUUACCAUGAUGUUAUUAGGUUGGAUGAAGCUGCCAAAUUAGUUGACUGUGACCAUGUCCAGCCGUACAUAACAAAUAGCGCAAAAGUGGUGUUUAUAAACCAGAGGCCACAGACAAGGGUCAGAAGUUCCGGCAACAUAUGCAGCAAUUGUGACAGGGCCCUACAAGAUUCCUAUCUCUUCUGUUCUCUUUCUUGCAAGAUUAAUUAUCUCUUAAGCAUACAAGGUGGUCUCUCUAAGUUUUUCUUUGAGUGCAAGUACUUGCCCUUACCGGAAUCGGGUUUUGACAACGGCCUCGUGACACCUGAGUCUAUGCUCGAGCAGCCAACCGGGUCUACCCGGACAUCUUCUGAAUCAGGAGGGUAUGGUGGAGUCGGGUGCAGCACACUAGGUUGCACUGCUGCUACAACUAAGAUUGCCAAGAAGAAGAGGAGUAGCAUGACGGCUUGUCGCUCGGUGUCUUCUCCAGUACCGGAAACUACAGUGAGCUUAAUUAAUAGAAGGAAAAAAACCCCACAAAGGGCCCCGCUUUAUUGACUCUGUGCAGGUUGGUGAUGACGGCGUCAGCCACCAAUCACCAACGAGAGUGGCAGGAGAGAUAGAAGAAAUCAGGCGUACGAGAUUCAAAUCUCCCAAUUUUGUAAAGCAUAUGGCCUCUCUCUUUUGUGUGGAUUCUAGUACAAACGGGCCUUUUUUUUAUUUCUUUUGUUUCACAGAAUUACAACGCACUUUUGAAUUGGCCUA